AUGAUCCAGCUCCGGGUCACUCCUGAGACGUCGCUGGCCGACACGCCGGUGAGGAUCCACGUCUCCGGCCUAGCGCCCACCCAGCUGGUGACCCUGCAGUCGUCGCUGACGGACGAGAGGGGGGUGCACUUCCAGGCCCGAGCCUUCUACCGGGCAGACGAGGCUGGGGAGGUGGACGUGGAGCGGGCGGCUGCCACGGGGGGCGACUACGUGGGUGUCUGGCCCAUGGGCCUCUUCUGGUUCCUCAAGCCGGAGAAGCUCUUCCACAGGCUGAUGAAACGGGAUGUGAUGAGCGGCCCCUUUUGCUUCCAGCUUGACCUCUUUGACUCCUGCCAGCUUCUUCCCUCACCCCAGGUGGUGCCCCUGGCCACUUGCACCGUGGAGAGGUGGUACGUGGGCCCCGGAGUGGAGCGUGUCCCGAUCAAGGAGGGCCGGAUCCGAGGGACCCUAUUCCUGCCCCCUGGUCCAGGCCCCUUUCCGGGGGUGAUCGACAUGUUUGGCGGGGCCGGUGGGCUCAUUGAGUUCCGAGCCAGCCUGCUCGCCAGCCGGGGCUACGCCGUACUGGCGCUGGCGUUCUUUGGCUAUGACGACCUGCCACGGGUGCUGGCAGAGGUGGACCUGGAGUAUUUCGAGGAAGCAGCCAACCUGCUCUUGAAACACCCCAAGGUGAGAGGCCCAGGCCUCGGAGUGAUCGGGGUGUCCAAAGGGGCUGAGGUCACGCUGGCCAUGGCUGCCUUCUUAGAGCAGGUGGUGGCCGCCGUCUGGAUCAAUGGCACAGGAUUCCUGAAUGGCACGCCACUGCAUUACAAAGGGGUCCACAUCCCCCACAUCCCCUACUGCCCUGAGCGGCUGCUCAUCACAGAGAUGGGGGUCCUGGACAACUACCACGUCUUCAAGGACCCCCGGGACCCGGCCCACGCGGCUGCCGCCAUCCCUGUGGAGAAGGCUCAAGGGGAGGUGCUCUUCGUGGUGGGAGAAGCCGACCGCAAUUUUAACAGCAAACUGUUUGCUGAGAUGGCCAUAGAGAGGAUGAAGAGCCAUGGGAAGAAGAACUAUACCCUGCUCUCUUACCCCGGGGCCGGGCACCUGAUCGAACCGCCGGGGUCCCCAUUGUGCAGCAUCUCUCUGAUCCGGGGGAGCCCCAAACCUGUGCACUGGGGGGGUGAGCCAGAGCCCCAUGCCAAAGCUCAGGAGCAUUCCUGGCAGGAGAUCCUGAACUUCCUUGACCGCUGUCUCGUAACCACCAGCAACCUGUAA